UUACAAUCACAACUGCAAUCAAAGAUACAAAAUAUGAUUCUGUUUUAUUUUUUUUUUCUCCUUACUCUAUUCAUCAAUACUAUAGAUUCAUUUCCAGCGAACCAUGUUUUCAAAUUAGAUUAUCAAAGGCAAAAUGGGUUACUUGAACAUCAGGUAAUGCAGCAAAAGAGCACACCAAAUCAAGAUAAAGACGAUAGAAAAUGGGAUUCAGUCAUAAAGACCAAUCAAUUUAAUGAUUAUUCAUUAAGAAUCAAGAAAAAUAAUCCAGCAAUACUUGGAAUCGAUCCUGAUGUCAAUCAAUACUCUGGUUAUUUAGAUAUACAAUCAGUAGAUAAGCACUUUUUUUAUUGGUUUUUCGAGAGCAGAAAUGAUCCAGUUAAUGACCCAUUAAUACUAUGGCUAAAUGGUGGGCCAGGGUGCAGUUCAAUGACGGGGUUGUUUUUUGAACUAGGACCGUCAUCUAUUGAUUCCAAUUUAAAUCCAGUUUAUAACAAAUACUCAUGGAAUAAUAAUGCGAGCGUUAUAUUUCUUGAACAGCCUAUUGGCGUUGGAUAUUCGUAUUCCAAGUCAUCAAAUCUUGUAUCGAGUACAGAUGCUGCCUCAUUGGAUGUAUUUGUCUUUUUAGAAUUGUUCUUUCAAAAAUUUCCAAAUUUUCUCAACAAUAAAUUUCAUUUGGCUGGAGAAUCAUAUGGAGGACAUUAUCUACCAAGGUUUGGAUCUGAGAUAAUCAAUAGAGAAGACCGCAGUUUUAAUUUAAGCUCUAUAAUGAUUGGAAAUGGAUUUACAGAUGCAUUGGUUCAAUACAAUUUCUAUGAGCCAAUGGCAUGUGGAUUAGGAGGGUAUAAGCAAGUAUUGACGGAUAAAGAAUGCGAUGAUAUGACCAAUUCAUAUCCAUUUUGCGCCAAGUUAGUUCGAAAUUGUUAUAAAAACUUAAAUGCAUUUUCAUGUGUUCCUGCACAGUUUUAUUGUGAAGGCAAAUUUAACGAUGCGUAUAAUAAGAAAAAUUUGAAUCCAUAUGAUAUAAGGAAAUACUGCGAUGAAGGUGAAAAUAAUGAUGAGUGUUAUAAGGAAUUUUCGUACAUUGAGGAUUAUUUAAAUUUGGAUUAUGUCAAGGAGGCAUUGGGAUCGGAGGUUGAUAAGUUUGUGUCAUGUUCGAAUUCAGUAUUUCAAGCGUUUACAUUUACGGGAGAUUUGAUUAAACCUCAUCAGCAAUAUGUUGCAGAGUUGCUAGACCGCGAUAUUCCAGUAUUAUUAUAUGCUGGGGAUAAGGAUUAUAUUUGUAAUUGGUUAGGCAAUGAGGCAUGGUCAUUAGAUUUGGAUUAUAAAGAUCAUGAUAAAUUUUUAAAAGAGCAGUUUAGAGAUUAUUAUCUUUUACUGGAUAAGAAUGGUGAUAAUAACAGUGAGAAUGAGAAGGAAUAUGGAGGAUCAUUUAGGAACUAUGGAAAUUUCACAUUUCUAAGAAUUUUCGAUGCUGGACAUAUGGUUCCAUUUGAUCAACCCAAGGUUUCGUUAGAUAUGGUUAAUAGGUGGAUUAGUGGUGAUUAUUCCUUUGAGGAAAACUAAUUUAGUUAAUAAAAAGAUACAUAUGAAUAAAAUUUUAUACAAAAAAGUAUACAUAAUCAUAUAAUCAUAUAAUCAUAUAGUCAAUUUUUACUAAUUUAUUCAUAACUACUUUAGAACACUUGAGGUUGCAUCGAUAACCUCAAGAGUGAUAAAUUAAUGGGAAAAAGAACAAAU